AGAAAAAGAGAGUCGUCAAAAAAAAAACGAGAAGAAAAAAGGCAAAGCUAGAAAGGGUUUGUUUUUAGAGAGAGAGAAAGAGAGGACUCUAGUUAGUAGUUUCUGGCAUUCCGUCCCAAACCAAAAUCCAAAAACACCGACAGAAAAGAAAAAAAAAAACUUCUUUGGAAGAUUAUAGAAAUUUAUAUAUAAGAAGGUGAAAUUUGAAAGACAGAGGUCGUUCUUUCCUCAUUCCUACCAACUUUGAAAGAUGAACGGCGGUCCCUCCGGUUUCAAUAAUGCUCCAGUUACAAAAAGCUUUAUAAUUACAUGUGUGCUAUUCACUGUAAUGUUUGGGAUCCAAGGCCAUUCUUUCAAGCUUGGUUUGUCCUAUCAGGAUAUUUUCAGAAAACUUAGCAUAUGGAAGUUAAUCGCAUCGGUUUUUGCCUUUUCGUCUACACCGGAACUGAUGUUUGGACUUUAUCUACUAUACUACUUCAGGGUCUUUGAGCGACAAAUUGGUUCCAACAAGUACUCUGUUUUUAUCAUAUUCUCAGUAAUGGUUUCAUUCCUCUUUGAGGUUUUGGCUCUAGCUAUCCUUAAAGAUCCCACAGCUAACCUGCUUACUUCUGGACCUUAUGGCCUCAUAUUUGCCUCAUUUAUACCAUUUUAUUUUGGCAUCCCGGUUUCAACAUGGUUUCGUAUAUUUGGGGUUCGUUUCUCCGAUAAGUCUUUCAUCUAUCUAGCUGGUCUUCAGCUUCUACUAUCAUCUUGGAAAAGAUCUCUCUUGCCAGGGAUAUGCGGCAUCCUUGCCGGUUCCUUAUAUCAUCUAAAUGUCUUUCGCAUCCGCAGGGCUAAGUUCCCUAAAUUUAUUACAUCAUUCUUUUCACGGCUUUCUUGGCCUGCUAUGGGGAAUCCACCUACAGCACCAGCAAGGAGUCUUGCAGGAAAUGUACCUUCCUACACAACUCGCCAAGUGGAGAGAAUCUAUCCAUCGACUGCUGCUUCUUCAGUUGUAGAACCACCAGAGAACUCUAUUGCUACCCUAGUGUCAAUGGGCUUUGAUCGGAACUCAGCCAGGCAGGCACUUGUGCAUGCUAGAAAUGACAUCAGUACUGCCACAAACAUUCUUCUUGAAGCACAGUCCCACUAAUUCAACACAAAAAUUGCGAGCAAAAAGUGAUUCCCAGAUAUAAUUUCCAUCGAUAUAAAUGCAGGAUCAGACAGUUAUCUACAUUUUGGUGACAACCGAUUUGCUUGGCUCCUGGACUUCUGUGGCAUUGUUGAUAUGAAGGACUACUAUUUUCUCCCAUUUUGCCCCCAGUUAUUUCUUUUAGUAGCUAUUAGUUUCAGGUUAAGUAAUCAUACAUACACCAAUGCAACUGAGAACUAGGAGUUUGUAUAAUUGUUUACCCCGUGCAUGCUUUCAAAGGAUACUCAAACAGGUGCAUAAAGAUGCAAGUUUUUCAUGUGGGGACUUAUGGUCCAAAAUCACUGACAAGUUUGUAAAUUUAUUUUGAUUUGAAUGGACAAUUUAAGUUCCUCAGAGUUCCUGCCAA